GUCUUGUUUGUGCAUUUAAUAUGGAGGAAUGACGUAGUAACUGCGACGGGAGGGCUGAGCGACAGAGAGGAAUGGCGGGGAGGGGAGAAGAGAGUAAUUGCAUUAGGAAGCCUUAUUCUUCCUAGAAGAUACCCUUUUCUUUGCCGAUUUCAAGCUUUAGUUAUCAGAAUCCAGUCUCCGUACCCAGUGCCUGGCUAUUCUCUAGCACAAGACAUGGGUUUGGAGGGGAAACUGCGGCUUACCUGUUCGGCAGCCGCCGCUCUGCUGGUCUGCGGAUGGCUGGCAGUGUCCGACGCCGACGCUCGACAGAUGACCGACAUGGGUCACCAUCACUCGCAGACGGUGCAGCAUCCGCCCUGCUUCUUCAACCCACUGUGCACCUGCUCCAAGGCGGUGCCCGAUCUGGGCAUAGUCACCUGCCGUGACACGCCCUUCCACCGCCUGCCUGCGCCUGUCAACAGCUCCAAGGUGUUCAUGCUCAAUCUCGACAACAACGGCAUGGACUACAUUGAGCCGCACUUCUUGGAGGGCACUGGCUUGUACGGUCUACGAAUCCGCAACAACCCAAUUGUGGAGGUUCCAGACGAGGCGUUUCAGGGCCUGGAAAGGUCUCUGUGGCAGCUGGAGUUGAGCCACCUCCAUUUGGCUCAGGUGCCCAGUCGAUCACUCCGUCAUCUCCAGAGGCUGCGUUAUCUCAACCUCACUGGAAACGAGAUCGUGGAAGUGAUGACCGAAGACUGGCGUGGCCUUGAGGAGACGCUGCAGACGCUGUCGCUCGCCGACAACAACAUCGCCAACCUGCCUGAUGGCGUGUUUUCGUCGCUCACAUCGCUUGAGUCGCUCGACCUGUCGGGUAACGCGAUCGCGGAGCUCAGUCCCGACACGUUCACGCCUCCACCGCAGCGGCUGGCGCGACUCUACAUGUCUGACAACCAGCUCAGGCAUGUGCCCUACAGACAGGUCGGCAAUAUGAGACUGCUGAGAACUCUGGACUUGAGCCACAACCGCAUCACGCAACUGCACUCUUCCACCAUGUCCGAGCCUGUAUCUCCUGGUACACAGUUGUCCCUCGACACACUGCGUCUCAACCACAACAACAUUCAGUACCUGCCACCCGGCGCAUUCCAGCAUUUUGACGUGCUCAACAGAACCUUUCUCGACGGAAAUCCUCUCGCUCUCAUACAGACUGAUGCCUUCAGAGACGCUCGUAUCCGUGAACUGUCAUUGGUAGACUGUGGACUACAGGAGCUGUCUCCUUCUGCUUUCUCAGGACUCGAACCCACUCUGCAAUUCCUGGAUCUCUCCGGCAACAAUCUGACUGUUCUUCCACCUCAUUUGCUCACAGAAUUCGACUUCUUGCGUACACUGUAUGUAAAGGACAAUGUGCUGUACAGUCUUCCUUCACCAUCGAGCGACAAUAGAGCUGACAGUGGCUUCCAGUACUCGCUCUACAGACUUGACCUCAGUGGCAGAUCUAAUUCUCCCACUUCACUGCAGAGUCUCAGAAGAAUGCGCAACCUGCGUUGGUUGUCUCUAUCCCGUAUGCCAGGCCAAGCUCUGACCCCCGAUGACUUCCUCGAGUACAGCGUGGACCUGGAGGAGUUGCACAUCCAAGAUGGCGGCCUCAAGACCAUCAAGCCGCACGCCUUUCGUCAUGUGCGCGGGCUCAGGAAGCUCGACUUCUCAGACAGCAGUAUAUCCGGUAUUGAUGUCGACGCAUUUCAGGAAAUUGGACACUCUCUGACGUCUCUACGCAUGUCGCAUGCUCUCUCCAACUCUUUGAAAGUGGUUCCCAGUGACGCAUUGAAGCCUCUCAGCACUCUGCAAUCUCUCGACCUGAGCCACAACUACUUGCAGACCAUGCCAGAGACAUCCUUCCACUUCCUGCGCAGGCUCAAAACACUCAAACUGCAGGACAACCGUAUCGAUGCUGUUAUCAAGGGCACUUUCCAGGGUGACAUCCACUCGAGCCUAGAAGACCUGUACCUGUCGUUCAACAAGCUGUCGACCGUGAACACCCACACAUUCGUCGACCUGGCAUCGCUACGUCAGUUGAGACUCGACGAUAACGUCAUCUCCCGCAUCGAGCGGCGCGCUUUCGUCAACUUGGACAAUCUGCGGGUACUCACGCUCAGGGGAAACAAGAUCAACUACAUCUCCAACGAGGGCUUCCAGAAUCUGCCCGAAAUCGAGGAGCUUGAUCUCGCCUAUAAUCAUCUCAACACGUUCGACUUUGCUUCCCUCGAUCAGGUUGGAACGUUGGCUACAUUCAAGCUGAACAUCAGCUUCAAUCAUUUGAUCAUGCUUGAGAUGAACAACAGUCUCACCGGCAGAGAAAUGGUCAUGCACUCCAAUAUCAAGGUGCUGGACAUGUCCCACAACAAUAUCACUAGAGUGGGCCGCGGCUACUUCAGACCAGUUGAGGCAAGCUUGACACAUCUGCAUAUGGCUUACAACUCGCUCUUCAACGUGACUCGCGACUCAUACGGAAAUCUGCCCCAUCUGCAGUGGCUUGAUCUCUCCUCCAACGAACUCUAUGAAGUUGACUUCGACUCCUUCAGGAACUCGAAGAAGUUACAGGUCCUGUACAUGAACAACAACCAUCUGAGCGACAUUCCUUCGGAGUUGUUCCGCGAUUUGUCCAACCUCCGCGUGGUUGACGUGAGUGGCAACCGACUUCGCUCGCUGCCCGACUCCCUGUUCAACGAGCAGGGUCUGGAGAAGUUCUCGGCCUCCCGCAACCAGCUUUCACGUCUCCCUGUCGCCACGUUCGGUCUCUCGGCCGCCGCCACGCUGUGUGAGCUCGACCUCUCGCAUAACGCCAUCUCGUCACUGCAUUCUACCGAGUCAUUCUCCAGGUUCAGGUCGCUGACCCGCCUGGACCUGUCUUACAACCGCCUGGUGAAACUCGAGGAUGCGACAUUCUCGUCGAUGCCUCGUCUUGCCUCGCUCGAGCUCUCACACAACAUCGAUAUGGUCCUCGAGCCUCGAGGACGUUCGUUCAAGGGACUCGAGCACUCGCUCACUCACCUCGGACUCAGCAACACGUCCUUGUCAACUGUACCCGAACUACACCUAUCUCGCCUAGUCAGCCUGCAGCUAUCAGCCAACACCAUCUCAGUUCUUCCGCCUGAAAUGGCCUCCAACAUGAGCGCACUCCGCUACCUGGACCUAGGCUGGAAUUCGUUGACUCAGGUGCCGCUAGUGACGCACUCAUUGCCGCGUCUCCGCUCGCUGAACAUCGCGCGCAACCGCAUCACCGCGCUCACUAACACCAGUCUGCUGGGUGGCGCGGAACGUCUCAGUCAGCUCGACAUUCGUCAUCUGCCGUUGGGAUAUUUCGAGAUGGGUGCUCUGAGCAAACUGCGCGUACUGAACUCACUCCACAUCAGCUCCUACUCCAACAUCAGAGACUUCAACCUCCCCACUGUGCUGCAGAACAGCUAUGGCCUUAGGAAUUUGCAUGUUGAGAUUGAAGGAAAAACAUCACUGUCAGAUGAAAUGUAUGGAGAAUUUCCACCAAAAGUCAGGAAUAUCACCAUCACUGGGAAGGAGCUCAGAACAUUGGGAAACAAUAUUUUACAGGGAGUCCGCUACCCAGAGCUACGUUUCACCCUGCGCAACACAAGCGUUGAGAAGGUGCCUCGCCAGAUCUUCUCUCAGAUGCAUUACGUACGCAACGUCAGUCUAGAUCUGAGGAAUAACUCGCUCAGAGCCGUCGGCAAUCCCUCCACUGGAAACUUUCUCAAUACGCCUCAGAAAACAUUCCUCACUGAACUCUGGCUGGCCGGCAACAAUUGGAAAUGUGACUGCGAUCUUGGCUGGGUGGAAGUGUGGGGCCGCAAGAAACGUCAGCUGAUGUGCCGCGCGGAGACAGGCGAUGACUGGGAGUGUGGUGCGGCCGAGGAUGAUCUGCGAGAGGCCAGAUGCCACAACCGCAACCUGGAGCCAAUCAUAGAGGUGCUCAAGUCGGACAUCGAGUGUGGCUGGGGUGCGGCUCCCGUCAACCAGGGCACUGUAGUACUCAUCACAUUCACGCUCAUUGUCUCCUUCUUUAUCGCCUUCUAACCGCCACCAGUUCAGUAACAACUGACGACGAGAAGGUCCCUGGCUGCCAUUUGAAAACUAAUACCAUCGAUGAAAACCAGGCCUUUUCGUUAAGCGCUAGGAGAAACUACAGUAACUAUAUUACCCA